AUGGUAGAAGAUUACCCAUCAAAAUCUGUUACAACAGAGACACAUCGUACAAAUAAACUUCUCAAUGAUUUAGAGGCAUUACUCUUGCAAUAUGGAAAGCAUAUUACAGAGUACGAUUUGCCAAUUUCAAUUGGAGAAUGUGACAAUGAUUUAGCUGUACCAAGACUCAUACAAGAUGAGCUAACUAUUCCUAAUGUAGAUGAAGAAUUCACUUUAAUUGAGAAGUUGAAUAACGACCAGAGAGUUGCAUAUGAGACAAUUAUAACAGUUAUUGAUUGUAAGGAAAGCAUGAUAUUCUUCGUCGAUGGGCCAGGGGGAACUAGGAAAACAUUUUUGUAUCGCACAAUAUUGGCAACCUUGAGAAAAGUCGGUCACAUUGCAAUUCCCACAGCUACAUCUGGCAUAGCAGCAACAUUACUCCCUGGUGGAAGAACAAUGCAUUCCAAGUUUAAGAUUCAUUUAACUCUCGAUGUUUCAUCUACUUGCUCAAUAAAUAGAACAUUUAGAGAUAUUAUGGAAGUAAAUUUACCUUUGGGUGGUAAGGUGCUAAUUUUGGGUGGAGAUUUUCGUCAAGUACUUCCGGUUGUUCCAAAGGGUACAAAGACAGAAAUGAUUGAUGCAUGCAUAGUCAAGUCCCCAUUAUGGAAAGAUGUCAAAGUGUUACAUUUGAAGCAGAAUAUGAGAUCUAUCAACAAUGAAGAGUUUGUUGAGUACAUACAACACAUUGGUGAUGGGAAUGAACCAUAUAUAAUGGAUGAUUUGAUUAAACUACCCCCUUCAAUGGCAAUGCAAUGGGAGGGUCAACAUUCUAUAUACAACUUGAUUGAUCAAGUUUUUCCAAGUUUGCAAGAACAUGCCAAUAAUGCAAGGUAUAUGGUUGAUAGGGCUUUGCUAACACCUACAAAUGAUGAUGUUGAACAACUUAAUGCAAAGAUAAUUUCUUAG